ACACUGACUACAACACCAACUCAUUCUACAACUGCAACCCUGACUACAACAACACCAACUCCUUCUACAAUAACAACUGGAACACCGUCUACAACACCAACUCAUUCUACAACUACAACCUGGACUACAACAACAGGUUUUACUACAACAACACCAACUCAUUCUACAACUACAAGUGGAACACCGACUACAACACCAACUCAUUCUACCACUACAAGUGGAACACCAACUACAACACCAACUCAUUCUACAACUACAACCCUGACUACAACAGCACCAACUCAUUCUACAAUAACAACUGGAACACCGUCUACAACACCAACUCAUUCUACAACUACAACCUGGACUACAACAACAGGUUUUACUACAACAACACCAACUCAUUCUACAACUACAAGUGGAACACCGACUACAACACCAACUCAUUCUACAACUACAACCCUGACUACAACAACACCAACUCAUUCUACAACUACAAGUGGAACACUGACUACAACAACAGGUUUUACGAAAACAACAACUCAUUCUACAACUUCAACCCCGACUACAACAACAUCAACUCAUUCUACAACAACUGAAACACUGACUACAACACCAACUCAUUCUACAACAACUGAAACACUGACUACAACACCAACUCAUUCUACAACUACAAGUGGAACACCGACUACAACACCAACUCAUUCUACAACUACAACCCUGACUACAACAACACCAACUCAUUCUACAAUAACAACUGGAACACCGUCUACAACACCAACUCAUUCUAGAACUACAACCUGGACUACAACAACAGGUUUUACUACAACAACACCAACUCAUUCUACUACUACAAGUGGAACACCGACUACAACACCAACUCAUUCUACAACUACAAGUGGAACACCAACUACAACACCAACUCAUUCUACAACUACAACCCUGACUACAACAACACCAACUCAUUCUACAAUAACAACUGGAACACCAUCUACAACACCAACUCAUUCUACAACUACAACCUGGACUACAACAACAGCAACUGGAACACCGUCUACAACACCAACUCAUUCUACAACUACAACCUGGACUACAACAACAGGUUUUACUACAACAACACCAACUCAUUCUACAACUACAAGUGGAACACCGACUACAACACCAACUCAUUCUACAACUACAACCCUGACUACAACAACACCAACUCAUUCUACAAUAACAACUGGAACACCAUCUACAACACCAACUCAUUCUACAACUACAACCUGGACUACAACAACAGGUUUUACUACAACAACACCAACUCAUUCUACAACUACAAGUGGAACACCGACUACAACACCAACUCAUUCUACAACUACAAGUGGAACACCAACUACAACACCAACUCAUUCUACAACUACAACCCUGACUACAACAACACCAACUCAUUCUACAAUAACAACUGGAACACCGUCUACAACACCAACUCAUUCUAGAACUACAACCUGGACUACAACAACAGGUUUUACUACAACAACACCAACUCAUUCUACAACUACAAGUGGAACACCGACUACAACACCAACUCAUUCUACAACUACAAGUGGAACACCAACUACAACACCAACUCAUUCUACAACUACAACCCUGACUACAACAACACCAACUCAUUCUACAAUAACAACUGGAACACCAUCUACAACACCAACUCAUUCUACAACUACAACCUGGACUACAACAACAGGUUUUACUACAACAACACCAACUCAUUCUACAACUACAAGUGGAACACCGACUACAACACCAACUCAUUCUACAACUACAAGUGGAACACCAACUACAACACCAACUCAUUCUACAACUACAACCCUGACUACAACAACACCAACUCAUUCUACACUAACAACUGGAACACCGACUACAACACCAACUCAUUCUACAACUACAACCCUGACUACAACAACACCAACUCAUUCUACAACAACUGAAACACUGACUACAACACCACCUCAUUCUACAACUACAAGUGGAACACCGACUACAACACCAACUCAUUCUACAACUACAACCCCGACUACAACAACAUCAACUCAUUCUACAACAACUGAAACACUGACUACAACACCAACUCAUUCUACAACAACUGAAACACUGACUACAACACCAACUCAUUCUACAACUACAAGUGGAACACCGACUACAACACCAACUCAUUCUACAACUACAACCCUGACUACAACAACACCAACUCAUUCUACAAUAACAACUGGAACACCGUCUACAACACCAACUCAUUCUACAACUACAACCAGGACUACAACAACAGGUUUUACUACAACAACACCAACUCAUUCUACAACUACAAGUGGAACACCGACUACAACACCAACUCAUUCUACAACUACAAGUGGAACACCGACUACAACACCAACUCUUUCUACAACUACAACCCUGACUACAACAACACCAACUCAUUCUACAACAACUGAAACACUGACUACAACACCACCUCAUUGGAACACCGACUACAACACCAACUCAUUCUACAACUACAACCCUGACUACAACAACACCAACUCCUUCUACAAUAACAACUGGAACACCGUCUACAACACCAACUCAUUCUACAACUACAACCUGGACUACAACAGGUUUUACUACAACAACACCAACUCAUUCUACAACUACAAAUGGAACACCGACUACAACACCAACUCAUUCUACAACUACAAGUGGAACACCAACUAUAACACCAACUCAUUCUACAACUACACCUGGAACACCUAUUACAACAACAGUGUUACACCGACUACAACACCAACUCAUUCUACAACUACAAGUGGAACACCGACUACAACACCGACUCAUUCUACAACUACACCUGGAACACCUAUUACAACAACAGGUUUUACUACAACAACACCAACCCAUCCUACAACUACAACUGAAACACCAACUACUACUCCUAUAUCAACAACACCAAUCCAUUCUACAAGUACAGCUGAAACACCAACUACAAUUUCAGCUUUUACCACAUCUCAUACUGGGAUUGUAACUGGAACACCAAAACCCACCAUAUCUACAGCCACUCCUGUUACAAAGCCACAAGUUGUUCUUCCUGAUUGCACGUGUUCUAAGGCCACACACCUUGGCAACAACACAUUUGAAAUAGUUCCUCAUCACUGUUCAACCACUGAAAACAUAACUUGCAGCAAUGGAAAGACACCAGUUCUUCUAUAUGACAAGUCCCAGUGCUGUCCACAUUAUGCUUGUGAUUGUGAAUGCAAAGGAUGGGGCAAUCAUCAUUACAUUACAUUUGAUGGCUUCUAUUACAAUUAUCAAGGGAACUGCACUUAUGUUUUAAUGCAAGAAAUUAAUCGAAACCAUAACUUAAGCAUUUACAUUGAUAAUGUGUUUUUUGAUUCCACUGAAGAUGUUUCCCGUCUUCGAUCUAUAAUUAUUUUAAAUGGAUCGCAAAUUUUCAAUUUGACAAAUCAUAACUUCACUGGAAGAUCAGAUUUGGAGGCACUGAAAAAUGGAGUACGUCUGAAACUGCCCUAUUCACAAAAUGGUGUUACAAUCAUGAAUUCAGGAUUUGACUUGGUUUUGGAGAUCCCUUCACUAGAAGUGGUCAUUACAUUUGGAGGAACUGGCUUCAGUGUUAAUCUUCCAUAUAAAAACUUCGGCAAUAAUACCCAGGGUCAUUGUGGAACAUGUAACAAUAACCCGAGUGAUGACUGCAUAUUGUCUGGAGGUCAGCUUGCUGAAAGUUUUGCAGCGAUGGCUGACAACUGGACUGCAAAAGAUAUUGGCCAAGGCAAUUGCACUGUACCGCCUACGAAACCUACAAGUGCACCAGAACCACCACCUCUAUACAAAACAGGCAUUUGUGAGCUGCUUAAUAGCAGUCUCUUUGCAAAGUGCCAUCCUAUUAUCUCGCCAAAGAAUUUCUACAAGGGUUGCAUUUUUGAUAGCAGCAAUGUUAACAAAACAGAAGUGCUGUGCACAACUUUGCAAACUUAUGCAGCAGCCUGUGCUCGUGCUGGAGUUUGCGUUUACUGGAGGAACCACACUAAAACAGAAAAGUGGUGUGCCAGUCACUGCCCAUCACACCAGGUUUAUCAGGCUUGUGGUCCUGCAGAUCAGCCAACCUGUGAAGACAAUUCUUACGAACCCACCAUGAACUUUACUGCUGAGGGCUGUUUUUGUCCUGAUGGAAUGAAACUUUUCAGCAGACAGUCCAACAUAUGUGUGAAAACAUGUGGAUGUCUUGAUCCUGAGGGUAAUUCUCGUGAGUUCAAUGAAAGAUUUGAGCUCAAAUGCCAGAAGUGCACCUGUGAAGAAUCCACAAAGACUGUGACUUGCAAGCCUAAGGAGUGCCCCAAACCAAACAUAACAGAAUGCUCUGAUGAUGGAUUUGUCCUUAUCAACCAAACUGAUCCAUCAGAUCCCUGCUGUUCUACCCCUGUUUGCCAGUGUAAACCUGGCGGUUGCCCAGACAUGGAUGUGACCUGUUCAAUUGGAAAAAAGCCAGUUGUCAGUAUUCCUAAGGGAAAAUGCUGUCCAGAACUUAGAUGUGAACCUAAAAAGGUUUGUGUUCGCAAUGAGACUGAAUACCAGCCUGGUUCUUCAGUUCCUGGGUCUGUAUGUCAGGAGUGUACCUGUGAGGCUGAACAAAAUUCUACUGUAAUAAGCUGUAAGGAUCAGGAGUGUAACGAAACUUGUGACAUGGGAUAUGAAUAUGUGAAAACUGGUUCAGAUGAAUGCUGCGGGAAGUGUGUGCAGACACACUGUGUUGUCAAUAUUAACGGAGCCAAGCAACUCUUGUCUCAAGGAGAAAUCUGGUCACCAACUGAGAAUAGGUGUGAUGAGUAUACCUGUGUUAAGAAUGGUGAGAUUUUAACAACAAGCACUUCACACACAGUCUGCCCAGUAUUCAAUAAGAGCAGGUGUGAACCUGGCACAAUUCAAACUGCAGCAAACGGCUGUUGUAAAAUUUGUGUGGAGAAGGAGAAGGCGUGCAAGUUCAUGUCCAUGAAAACCAAUAUUACACACAACAACUGUACGUCUGCCCAGGAGGUAGAUAUGCCAUAUUGUGAAGGAUCCUGCAACACUUAUACCAUGUACUCUAAAGAAGCAGCAGCUAUGCAGCAUUCUUGCUCCUGCUGUAAGGAGACACGCUUCAGCAAUCGCACUGUAGACCUGGUCUGCCCAAAUGGAAACACGGUCCCCUACACAUACAUGUAUGUGGAGGAGUGUGGUUGUACAAACACAGAGUGCACCGCAGCUGCUGGACAACAUAUUCGCAGGAAGCGAAGCUUCACACUGCUGUGAUAAGCCAGUCUGUGUAUGAGGAACACAUGUUUCCUCCCAUAUUAUUAAAGCAAUCAUUACAUAUCUACAAAAUAAAUGCCAAUAUAAGGAGAGCAUUUAUGAACAUUGAUUCAAUAAAAAGGAUGCAACUCA